UAAAAACAACCCUAAAAGAAAAAGAAAAAAACCCUUAUCUCUCUAUCUUCUGCGCAUGAUCCAGAUUCGGUUUUGAAUCCAAAAGCUUUGCCAUGGAACGUAUCAUCGGCGGCAAGUAUAAGCUCGGAAGAAAGAUCGGCGGUGGUUCUUUCGGCGAGAUUUUUCUUGCUACGCACGUCGAUACUUUCGAGAUCGUUGCUGUUAAGAUCGAGAACAGUAAAACAAAGCAUCCUCAACUUCUCUAUGAAGCUAAGCUUUACAGAAUCCUUGAAGGAGGAAGUGGGAUCCCGCGCAUAAAAUGGUUUGGAGUGGAUGGAACAGAGAAUGCAUUAGUGAUGGAUUUGUUAGGGCCAAGUCUCGAAGAUCUCUUCGUGUAUUGUGGGAGGAAGUUCUCACCAAAGACGGUUUUGUUGUUGGCUGAUCAAAUGCUAACGAGAAUAGAAUAUGUCCACUCCAAAGGAUAUCUACAUAGAGAUAUAAAACCCGAUAACUUUCUAAUGGGACUUGGCCGGAAAGCGAAUCAGGUUUAUCUAAUUGACUUUGGACUUGCCAAAAGAUAUCGUGAUGCCAACACCAACCGCCACAUCCCUUACAGGGAAAACAAGAACUUAACAGGAACUGCACGAUAUGCUAGUUGCAAUACACAUCUUGGAAUUGAGCAAAGUCGACGGGAUGACCUAGAAUCGUUGGGAUAUGUGCUUCUGUAUUUCCUAAGAGGAAGGUGUGUGUUGGUUUUAUGCAAAGGUCACCCUGUGGAGUUUGCUUCAUAUUUUCAUUACUGCCACACACUGACAUUUGAUCAGCGCCCUGAUUAUGGGUUCUUGAAGCGGCUCUUUCGUGACUUGUUUUCGCGAGAAGGAUAUGAAUUCGACUAUAUAUUUGACUGGACUAUAAUAAAGUAUCAACAAGCACAGAAAUCUAGAAAUCAGUCUCAGGCAGUUCCUGGUUCUAGCAGCGCUCGUGCAAUGGCAGUGGACACAACCAACCAUCGGGGAGGACCAAAUAUUUCUUAUGAAGCCGAGGCCUCUGAACGUGUCAGAUCGACUAAUGCCAUUGGUCCAAGCCCCCAGAUAAAUAAUAAUACUGCUACAGGGAGGAAUGUGGGUUUUGAUCACCCCGUCCACAAGAAUAUGAACAUGCCAUCCACUUCAUUAGCUCCUGCCGGUACCUCAAAAAGAAAUGUCGGACCUGAAACUUCAAAUUCUGGGUAUGGAAGUGGGAAUAGAACAGGCGGCUGGACUUCCGCUUUCAUGUCUCCAGAGAAAUGAUGCAAAGAAAAAUGUAGCUUUAUUCUGAAAUGGUGAGUUGAGAUUAAGCACUAUGAAUUUGAGUCACACCCUUAUCGCACCUCUGCAACUACAGCAGAAAUCAGAAGUUGGUGUCACUAACACCUUUGUAUCUCCACCUUUGGCUGGAAGAAAAACAAAUGCUUUGUAUGUAUAUUCCCUGAACUUUGUGGACAAGAAGGCGUUCGCUGAAGCAUUUGUGUUAUACACACAA